GGCACCCGUCCGCGCCCGCCCACGGCCGCUCUGCCGCUGGUGUUGCUGCUGCCUCCGCCGGCAGCCCGCGGGCAGAAGCCCGACGCAAGGCGCAGGACCUGUCGCGUCCUCCCGGGACAGCCGGCGCGUGCGUAGCCUCCCACCCCGAGGGACUCCGCCUGUCAGGCGUGUGUUCGUACCGGCGUAGCGUGUGUACUGCGAGAAACGAGCGAGCACGCAUCGUCUGUUUUCCUCGUGCAUGUGCCAGCGACUGUGCCCUCCCGAGUGAUGUCCCUCGCGGCAGCUGUCACCGUGCGCUCUGGCAUUUCAGUGACAGUCCUUUGAAAAGUGUUGUCUCCGAGCUUGCUGGAAGGUAUGAAGAGGAAAUUUGUUUACUGAUUCUCUCGCCUCACGUUCCUGGGAGGUGGUACGUCUUAGUGAUACGUGGUGAACCGUGUGGGAACACGUGUGUCGCAGUGACGGUAGCGAAGUGACAGAUGAAUUUAGCUCGCUCUUAGGAAGAUUCGACAGUCGCCAGGCUUACACAAGCUGAGUCGAGGAAGCGAUUGCUGGCCUAGCAAGACGGCAACUUCGUCUUAGAUAAAAUCACGAGUCACCGCAGCACUACUGAACACGUCCGUCACUUACCACACUCCAAAAAUACGGUGAGCAGAGGGCCCGCAUGUUGACUUGACGCCGUUUCUUGGAGAGCUGAGUCGUUCCUCGUUCACGAAAGCAAGUGCGCGGCCGCCAGGAUGCGUGGCCGGCGCGCGCUGUGGGCGCUGCUGUUGGUGCUGCUGCCGCCGCUGCUCGUCGCUAACUCCGUGGACAAAGGGAGGCGAGAGAUGCCACACCGGCACUCUGAGUGGCAGCAGCUGUGGUACUCCAACUUCGAGGAGUUCCAGCGGCUGACGGAGCCCACGUUCGACAACAACACCGUCAGCAACGUGACGGUGCAGCUGGGCGGCACCGCCUUCCUGCACUGCCGCGUGCGCAACCUGGGCGAGCGCACGAUCUCGUGGGUGCGGCGACGCGACUGGCACAUUCUGACGUCGGGGCUGUUCACCUACACCAACGACGAGCGCUUCCAGGUGCUGCACGCAGAGGGCUCCGACGACUGGACGCUGCAGAUCAAGUACGUGCAGAAGAGGGACAACGGCACCUACGAGUGCCAGGUCUCCACGGGGACGGGCAUCAUGUCUCACUUCGUCAACCUGCACAUCGUGGUUCCCGAGGCGUUCAUCCUGGGCAGUGGUGAGCACCACGUCGACGUCGGCAGCGGCAUCAGCCUCGUCUGCAUCAUAGAGAAGAGCCCGACGCCGCCGCAGUACGUGUUCUGGUACCACAACGACCGUAUGAUCAACUACGACACGGCGCGCGGCGGCAUCUCGGUGGACACGGAGCCUGGGCCGAAGACGCAGAGCCGCCUCACCAUCCGGAACGCGCACGACUCCGACUCCGGCAACUACACGUGCAGCGCCUCCAACACGGAGCCCGCCUCCAUCUUCGUCUUUGUGUCCGAAGUUAUCUCAGGUGACAAGAUGGCGGCCAUACAGCGGAGGAAGACGUCGUCCGGCUCUGACGUGGACGCCGUGCUGUGGUUCGUGAUCCUGCCGCUACUGGCGCUAGCUGCCAGAUAAGUUCGUCGCCCACGACGAGCCACGAACCCCUGACCGCCGCCUGGAGGCCGGCGCCAGCCUCUCUUGUCGCAUCGCCGGCGACGGCGCCAGUGCCAUUCUAAACAAGAAGUUUUUCACCAGUCGUGACUUUUGUCCUCCCCUUGUGCCACAGAAGUAUUUCACUAUUGCUUGUAUUCUGACCCGAUCCCAGUGUAAAUGUAUUUUAAGGACAAUACCGGAACUGUAAUGAAUAGAGUAUGGACUUGCAGAUGAUUCUCUUUCGUAGGUUUUAAUAAAAUGUUUACUGAAAACUGAGACUCUUGACUACAGUGUAAGAGCCGCCUACAUCGUUCGACGAGUUCUCUGUUCGUCACAGUUAAUCAUUCUCUUCUGAAGCAGAGAAGUCCGAUGGGAAACUUAGAGGCCCACGUAAGGAGAAGAAAUUUGAAAUCCUGUACAUCAAUAUUUUAAUUCGAUGUAACUGUUACAAAUUUUAAACUUUAAGCUUCAAUUAUUGACAUUUAAAAAACAUUUAAUUACAUUUAGGAUACUAUAUUCAAACGUUGUAGCCACUCUAAUUUUCUUCUUCGUUAGCUUAGCAUCAAUUAUGUAAAGACCAUAAUUUUUAUAUCCUAUGUUAUCAUGAGUAAAAAAAUGUGUACAUAGCA